AUGCUCAUGAGUCUGUUGAAGGCUUCCUCAACAUUGUUGGAAGAAAGUGCCUUGAAGAAAAUAAAAGACCUCGAAAGUGUCUUAAUGACAACCGAUGGCCUCAUGUUGACAAGACAGCUGGUUGCCUUGCAGAGGGCAGGGCUUGACGGUCUGAACAUCAGCUUAGACACCCUGCAGUCCCAACGCUACAACCAGAUCACGAGGAGGAAAGGCUGGGAGCGUGUCAUGGCUGGCAUAGAUCUAGCCUUGCAACUUGAAUACGACCCUGUGAAGAUAAAUUGUGUUGUAAUGCGAGGUUUUAAUGGAUGCAGUUUUGUGGAGUUAACAAAAGAGAAAAAUGUUGAUGUAAGAUUUAUCGAGUACAUGCCUUUCAGCGGCAACAAAUGGAAUGAUGGGAAGAUGGUCUCAUUUAGUGAAAUGCUCCAAAUAAUUAGAAAGCAGUGGCCUUAUUUUGAACCUCUUCCCAAUGGGCCCAAUGAUACCUCAAAGGCAUACCAUGUCCCGGGCUUCAAGGGACGUGUGGGAUUUAUUACCUCAAUGAGUGAACACUUCUGUGGCACGUGCAACCGUUUACGGAUAACAGCUGAUUGCAAUUUGAAGGUGUGUCUCUUUGGGAAUUCAGAGAUAUCUCUCAGGUGA